GCCCCCCGCCCGCCGCGGGCAUGCAGGGCAUGGAGCUGUGCGCCGUGGCCGUCGUCAUCCUCCUCUUCAUCGCCGUCCUGAAGCAGUUCGGCAUCCUGGAGCCCAUCUCUGUGGAAGACACCAGUGACGGCGACGUGGAGCUCUCUGCCGCCCGGCACCAACCCGAGGGGCUGGAGGAGCUGCAGGCACACACCAAGUUCACCAAGAAGGAGCUGCAGUCCCUCUACCGUGGCUUCAAGAACGACUGUCCCAGCGGCCACGUGGACGAGGAGACCUUCACGCUCAUCUACGCGCAGUUCUUCCCGCAGGGAGAUUCCAGCGCCUACGCUCACUUCUUGUUCAACGCCUUCGAUGCGGACAGCAGCGGGGCGCUCUGCUUCGAGGACUUUGUCGUCGGGCUGUCCGUCCUGCUGCGGGGCACGGCGCAGGAGAAGCUGAACUGGGCUUUCAACCUCUACGACAUCAAUAAGGACGGCCGCAUCACCAAGGAGGAGAUGCUGGAGAUCAUGAAAUCCAUUUAUGAUAUGAUGGGCCGCUGCACCCUGCCUGCCCCGCGGGACAGCGCGCCUGCAGAGCACGUGGAGCAGUUCUUCCAGAAGAUGGACAGGAAUGGGGACGGCGUGGUGACCUACGAGGAGUUCCUGGAGACGUGCCAGCAGGAUGCGGACAUCAUGAGUUCCAUGCAGAUCUUUGAGAACACCAUUUAGAGCACAGGGAUCCCAGGAUGGCCGUGGUGGGACACGGCGUGAGAGAUGUUGCAAAUGAGGAGAAACCCUUUAUAAUGAGAAGAAAAACCUCAAUAAUGAGAAGAAAAACCUCAAUAAUGAGGAGAAACCCUUAAGAAUAAGGAUGACGUGGCCAGCUUGCACACUGGCCCC